AUUAGCACACGGCGGGAAGCACUCGAAUCAGUUUCUUUCAGUACGCAACGGCCGAUAGACGAAAUUGUUCAAUAAGCUUUACGGCAUAUAAGUGCAUUUCUUUAUAAUAUCUACGUAUAUAUAUAUAUAUAUUUACAAUAUGGUGGCGAUGAGCAAACUCUAUGCACCACCAUAUAAUGUUUUACCGUGUUCGGUGUUGUUAUUGCAUGAGGGUGUAACAUGUAAGCAAUUGAUUUGGAGGAACUGGUAUCUUUGUUCUUUGGGUUGCUUGAGGUACUUUUUACCGUUAGCAGUCUCACCACUGGUGCUCAAGCCGCGUAGUUUGAAUCGUCAGGCGCUCUUAAAUAUUCUACGCUACUAUUUGGAAACUUCAUUAUGGGGUUCCACCAGCACUGCUUUGGUGUUUUCCGGUAUAUGCUUUUUCAGGCAUAUACUUGGAAAAUACUACUUAUUGAGUACGAUUUUUUUGCCAACGUACUCGGCGUUCCAGUUAAUUUGGUUCUAUCCGAUACGCACUGUGCGUCUAUACGGCACUGCCACAACACAAGCGGCUUUAGAAACUUGGUUACGCAAACAAAAUCAUUUAAUAACAAAGUCGCUGCCCCUUCAGACACUAAUCUUCAUGCUCUCCAGCGCCGUUAUAUUGCAUUUUAAGCGACGUGGAGAAUUCAAUGGAUUUUGGUUUAUACAACCCAUCACAAAUGAAUCAAAACCAAAGAACGUAGAGAACAUGGAGAAUCUUAAAACCAAACGAAAAUGUGAUGUGCAUGAGGGCACAACAUGUACCAAAUAUAUAUUGAAUGGAAUGAGCAGUUAUCUAAUGUAUGGCAUACCAUUGGAUUUAUUGAGCACGGUAUUUAAAGGAAAGAUGCCGAGACGUUUGAGAGAGUUAAAGACGAUACGCUUCGAAAUGACUGCCUUCUUUCUCUCCUAUGUGGGAAUAUAUAGAUUGUCAAACUGUCUAUUAACGCGCUACACACUUUAUGGCACACGUGAACACAUGCUGUCCGCCGGUUUGGGUGGUCUCUCAUAUUUCUUUCUAAACAAGCUGGCGUUUGCCGUUUUGGCCUUGGUGUUGGCAGUGCAAGCGGUUUGGCAAUCGUACUGCUCUCAGCAUGUAGAGCAACCAGAGAAUGAAUUAAGUGCAUUUCUAAAAAGCAUUCCGUUUGCUAAAUUGGCGAUACCAUUUAAUCUCGCUUAUUUGACACACAUUUGUAUAUUUCAUCGUCACGCCUUGUCCAAGGUAGCAGGUGGAUUCAUACGCGCAUCGACGGGUAAUCAAUUUGAACAAAUAUAUCAAAAUUUAACAGAUCUGUUGGCGGAACACGAAAAGAUGCGCUUAAAGUAACUAGUUGUGUGGGGCGUUAAAUGCAGAGUUAUUAAACACAUAAAUUAUGUAAAAUAUUGGAAACAUGAGCGAUUAAUGAAUACAAUAAAACCAUGUGGUGAUUUUGCAAAUA